AUGCCUCUCUGCGGUGGAUCUAAGACGGUCCAGCGCAAGCUGGUGCUGCUAGGAGAUGGUGCAUGCGGUAAAACAUCACUGCUAAACGUCUUUACGAGAGGUUACUUCCCAACGGUAUACGAACCUACCGUCUUCGAAAACUACGUCCACGACAUCUUUGUAGAUAACGUGCACAUUGAGCUCUCGCUGUGGGAUACGGCCGGUCAAGAAGAAUUCGAUCGAUUACGUUCACUAUCUUAUGAUGACACCGAUCUUAUUAUGCUCUGCUACUCCGUCGACAGCAAAGACUCGUUGGAAAACGUCGAAUCAAAAUGGGUUGGGGAAAUUGCCGACAACUGCCCCGGCGUCAAGCUGGUCCUGGUUGCGCUAAAGUGCGAUCUCCGCGAAGGCGGUGCUGAAGAUGACGAAGGCGAAGAAGCCUCCGCGGCUACGCCUGCAGCUUCAGAGGGAGAUGCCAACCCGGAACGUCCCAAGGGGCCUUUAAUCGAAUACGACAAGGGGCUGGAGGUGGCCAAGCGAAUAGGAGCCUCACGGUACCUCGAGUGUUCAGCCAUGAAGAACCGCGGUGUCAACGAAGCCUUUACGGAGGCGGCCCGUGUUGCUCUGAGUGUCAAGAAGGAAAGAGAAGAGAACAAGUGCACCAUAAUGUGA